AUGAAGCUGGUUGUGAGAAGUGAUCAAGCCAUUGAUACAGCUACAUUUCAACUGACAAGUGAACACUGGGGUAAAGAGUUUUGUGACAUUUUAGGGAAGGAAAACAUCAUAGAGGUCAUACGUCGACAUUGGUUGAGUGCCUCUAGCAUUAACCUUUACAUACGAUAUUUGUGUGAAGCUUAUUUGCAUGGGACAAUGGCAAAUAGAUUCUCAUUUAUAUCUUCGUAUGAAAUGGAUGAAGCGCUCAAUCCGAACGCACAUCAACAUAUAGCUGAAAUGUUGAAGCGUCAUAUGGGUGAAGAUCACUUGAUUUUUGUACCUUAUAAUGUUGGGCAACAUUGGGUCUUGGUUGCGAUCAAUACUGCUGACGAGACUAUUUAUUACAUGGACCAUCUACGCAAGCAGCUGAAGAUCAGAACACACAUGCAAAACCUAUUUAAUAAUGCUCUUGUCACGUAUCGAGCAGAGAGGGGAGUGCAGCCCUCUAGUACAAAGAUGAGUAAAACAAAAUGGGUCACUGUACAGUGUCCCAAGCAAACAAAUAAUGACGACUGUGGAUAUUAUGUGUGUCUAUUCAUUGGGGAUGCUUUGCACCAUGGACAAACUGUAAUCCCAGAGCAUUGCAUAGGCCAAAAGGCAUCCUCCGAUAGACGGAGGUGCCAAAUGGACAUGUAA